CUCAAAGCCUUGCAGCAGAACACCUGGGUGCACCUUGCUUGUCAUGGCAAGCAGGACCCUAUGCAGCCUUAUAAUUCGCAUUUCGUCAUGAGAGAUGAACAUCUGACACUGCUCAAUAUCAUGGAGAAACAUCUUCUGCAGGCUGAGUUCGCAUUCUUAUUGGCUUGUCAUACUUCUGUAGGCGAU